UUCCCACCACACCAUUUAUUUUCCACCGUCAUGGCUAAUGAACGAGAUCUCCUAUCCACCGAAAUCGUCAACCGUGGGAUUGAAUCCUCCGGUCCCAAUGCCGGCUCUCUGACAUUCUCCGUCAGAGUGCGACGUCGUUUGCCUGACUUCCUCCAGUCUGUGAACCUCAAGUAUGUGAAGCUUGGUUACCACUAUCUCAUAAACCAUGCCAUAUACUUGGCAACCAUACCAGUCCUGGUUCUGGUUUUUAGUGCUGAGGUUGGGAGUCUGAGCAGGGAGGAGCUCUGGAGGAAGCUCUGGGAAGAUGCGCGCUAUGAUCUUGCCACGGUGCUUGCUUUUUUCGGUGUCUUCGUCUUCACUUUAUCCGUCUACUUCAUGUCCCGUCCACGCUCUAUUUACCUCAUUGAUUUUGCAUGUUAUCGCCCCAUUGACGAUUUCAAGGUAUCGAAAGAGCAGUUCAUAGAACUAGCGAAAAAAUCGGGUAAGUUCGACGAGGGGAGUUUGGAAUUCCAGAAGAGAAUUCUUAACUCGUCCGGCAUAGGCGACGAAACCUACAUCCCAAAGUCGGUGAUCAUGUCGAACGACAAUACUGCCACAAUGAAAGAAGGUCGAGCGGAGGCGUCGACGGUGAUGUUCGGUGCUCUGGACGAGCUCUUCGAGAAGACCCGGUUGCGUCCAAAGGACGUGGGUGUUCUAGUAGUCAACUGCAGCAUCUUCAACCCGACGCCUUCAUUGUCGGCUAUGAUCAUAAACCAUUACAAGAUGAGAGGGAACAUCCUGAGCUACAACUUGGGAGGGAUGGGUUGCAGUGCUGGGAUCAUAGCCGUGGAUUUGGCGAGAGAUAUGCUGCAAGCCAAUCCUAACAACUAUGCGGUGGUGGUGAGCACUGAGAUGGUUGGUUAUAAUUGGUACCCUGGCAGUGACAGGUCUAUGCUCAUUCCUAACUGUUUCUUCCGCAUGGGUUGCUCCGCCGUACUCCUCUCUAAUCGCCGACGGGACUACCACCGUGCCAAGUACCGCCUUGAACACAUUGUUCGCACCCAUAAAGGUGCCGAUGACCGUAGCUUCAGGUGUGUGUACCAGGAGGAAGAUGAACAAAGAUUCAAAGGGCUAAAAGUGAGCAAAGAUCUGGUGGAAAUUGGAGGAGACGCUCUUAAAACAAACAUAACCACAUUAGGACCUCUUGUGCUACCAUUCUCUGAGCAGCUUCUCUUCUUUGCAACACUGGUUUGGAGGCACUUGUCUGGAGGUACUGGAAAUGGAGGUGAAGUCGGUGGUAAUUCACAACCAUCCCUCUCAGCUUCCAAGAAACCAUACAUUCCAGACUACAAGCUAGCAUUCGAGCACUUCUGCGUGCACGCAGCGAGUAAGACUGUGCUGGAUGAGCUGCAGAGAAACCUUGAGCUGAGCGAUAGGAACAUGGAGGCCUCCAGGAUGACUCUUCACCGCUUUGGCAACACUUCAAGUAGCAGUAUAUGGUAUGAAUUGGCAUAUUUGGAAGCCAAAGAGAGGGUGAGAAGAGGGGAUCGGGUUUGGCAAUUGGCAUUUGGGUCAGGGUUCAAGUGCAAUAGCCUUGUUUGGAGGUCCAUGCGCAGGGUUAGAAAGCCUUCCAGGAACAAUCCGUGGCUCGAUAGCAUUGACAGAUACCCAUUGCCUCAUCACUAAGGAAGCUUAUUCUGGUCUUGUUUUAUUAUUAACUCCAUCUCAAAACAAUAGUAUUGAUGGGUGGACCUACAUUUAUAUAUAUAUAUAUAUAUAGGUAUAUGCUUAAUUAGCUUUUCAUUUAAAUCUAUGAAUGGUCCUUGAUUAUAUGUCUC